AGAUCAUCCACGAUAACCACAACCAUGACCACAUCACCUCGAUCCCACCGGGAUUUUGCAUCACCAGCCAGCGCAAGCAUGAUAGAUACCAGAGGAUCAGUAUCAACUCCACGCGCACAGCCCGGCGAGCGACGGGAAUCCCUCGAACUGCGGGAACUGCAAACCCGUGAAGAUGAGGAGCAACUGGGGUACUCGUCACCAUCUGCCUCGUCCGGGGAGGACUACCGCGUCACUACCAGGAGACGAUCUACUCAGUCGACGACCGUGCGACGCGCAUCAGAUGCAUGCAAAGGUAAAGGCAAAGGCAAAGAAGGUACAUGGAAAUCGAAUCGGAUUGCUCAGUUUUGGACUCAACAUGUUACUUUGACGGUGCCGCAACGGAGCAAUCGGGAUCAUUUUGCUCUCGAAAGAACCCUCCUCGCCUACAUCCGCACCUCAGUCGUAAUCGCCAUGCAAGGCGUCCUAAUCGCCCAACUCUUCCGCCUCCAACAACCCGGCGACCGCCUCAAAUUCUACGUCGCGGGGAAACCACUCGCAGUGACAUGUCACUGUGUCGCGAUUCUAGUCGCGUUAAUCGGCGCGUAUCGAUUCUGGAGGCAGCAGGGUGCGAUUUCGCUGGGGAAGGUUCAUGCUGGGGGGUGGGAGUUGAAUGCUGUGGGGAUUUUAAUUUGUGCAAUAUUUCUGGUUACGUUGGUUCUGUCGGUUGCGAUUAUUGUUGAGACGGAGUUGGAUUCGUCGGUGUUG